AUGGGUGUUCUUGGCAAGACUACUCUUGCCAGGAAAGUUUUUGACAACCAUGGCACAAAGGAACACUUCCAUUGCUGCAUUUGGGUCACAGUAUCUGAAUCAUACAACAUGGAGGAGCUUCUGAAAGAGAUAAAAAAGCAAUACUAUAAAGUAAUGGGGAAGACUGCACCUGAGGAGAUCAACAACUUCAAUUUGAUUUCACUCGUUGGAAAACUGAGGGAAUGUCUACAAAAUAAGAGGUGCGUUGUCAUUUUCAAUGAUUUUUGGGGAACUAUAAAGCAUGCUUUUACAGAUAAUAACGAAGGCAGUAGGAUUAUAGCCACAACACGUAAUUAUAAUGUUGCUUCUUCCUGCAAAGAGUUUUCAAUUGUUCAUAUUCAUGAAAUACAAACUUUAACUCCUGAAAAGGCCAUGGAACUCUUUUGCAAAAGGGCAUUCAAGUACUCCAUCAUUGAGGGAUGUCAACCAAAGUUGGAGCAACUAUCUGCCUAA